AUGGACUGUCUUCAGAAUCCAAACCCUAGCUCUGCCGGCCCUUAUCACUUCGGAGAGAGCGUCGAUCCUUCCAUCGAUUUUGAUGAGUUAUCAGACUAUUUCAUGCUUGAUUAUGGUGUUGAUGAUCAUCAAGAUUCUUCGUCUUUAAGUACCGUGUCGCCGGAGAAGUUCAUGGCUGACUGCUCUACUGGAUCCAGUGGUGGUGCAACAUCAAGAAAUAGCAACAAUAAUAUGAAAUGCAGAAAUGAGGGGAGGAGAAACAAGAUAGAAAUGGGUCAUAGGGUUGCUUUCAGAACUAAAUCGGAGCUGGAGGUUAUGGAUGAUGGAUUCAAGUGGAGGAAGUACGGAAAGAAGUCCGUCAAGAACAGCCCAAAUCCAAGAAAUUACUACAAAUGUUCAAGUGGAGGGUGCCAUGUAAAGAAGAGGGUGGAGAGGGACCGAGAAGACUCGAGCUAUGUGAUAACCACAUAUGAUGGAGUGCACAAUCAUGAGAGCCCUUGUGUGGUAUAUUACAAUCAGAUGCCUCCUCCUGUGGAUCCCAACAACAUCUGGACUUUGCGAGCUUCUUCACAGUCUUCGGCUUCUUCAUAG